AUGCGUCAAGCCCUCUCGGCGAUUCUCCCUGACACGAACACAGCCACACUCUCGGGCGCUGUCGACAUUAUCGCCGUGCGCUCUGCCGACGGCACCCUCGCAACCACCGCGUGGCAUGUCCGCUUUGGGUUGCUCAAGGUCGUUCAGAGCCGAGAGCGUCCCGUCACGAUCCGCGUCAAUGGAGUUGAGGCCGAUGAGAAAAGCUGUCGCAUGGUGUUGAGCGCUGCAGGAGAGGGUCGAUUCGUCGCCGGCAGUGCGCAAAAGGCGCCAGGGGUGGCGGGCGGCAGCGACGAGCAGGCUCUGGCUGCGCACCCUCCGCCUGACUGGCUGAGCUGGGAGCCAAGCUCGAGACUGGUCAUCAGCGACAUCGACGGCACCGUAACGCGCUCCGACGUGCGUGGCAACAUCCUGCCCGCGAUCGGGUGGGACGACUACGCGCACGAGGGUGUUGCGCAGUUGUACACCGCCAUCGCAGCUCGCGGAUUUUGCGUGGUCUACUUGUCGAGUCGCAACAUUGGCCUCGCAGACCGCACCAAGCAGUACAUCUCCGGCUUGCGGCAGCAUCGCGCUGGCGGCGAGACGGUCGACUCACUGCCCGAGGGGCCUGUGAUCACCUCUCCGAGCCGGAUGGCCGAUGCGCUCAUCCGGGAGGUGGCUGGCAUGUUUUACGCCGGCUCCCUUCACGCUGCGUUUGGAAACCGGCCAACAGACCUCGGCGCCUACGAGGCGGCCGGCAUCCCGCGUGAACGGAUCUUCAUUGUGGACAAGGAGACGCGACUGGCGGUUGCGCAGCAGCCACAGCAGUCCCAGGCCGCUGCGGAACACACGGGGGACGCGCGUCACAGCUACCGGACCCUGCUGGCGUCUGUGGAGGACAUGUUCCCGACUGUGUCCUAA